AUGGUGACUCCUGGACCAACUGCAACUGUCGCUGGUAGGUCAUAUGGCGCAAUUCUAGACAAGCGCGAAGGUGCGAAAAGAGAGACCAUCACGAGGCUCGGUGAAUGCACCAUAGGUUCAGACCCUGCAGUCACUGCGCCGCCUUAUACAAAUGGAUACGAUUGGUUCAACAGUGAAGCUGUAGGUGAGAUUGAGGGCACCCAGACCUCCAUGCCGCGGUGGUUCCACAAAACAACGGCAGGGGCAUGUUCGGCCAUGGUAACCAAGGAAAGCGAUUUAUCAAACCUGCCGGCUGGUUUCAACAAUGGGGCCACCAUGGACUAUGCUUGGGAGAUGGGAUGGCUUAAGGAUUUCUUCAAUGCUAUGUUUACUGGCGUGACGGCUGAAAUAGCGGCGGUGAAUAAAGGCGUGAAGGUGUCUCCUUUGAGUUGUGAGCAGGGUGAGGAGAUCUUCUUUGGCUGCAGUGGCAAUCGCCUCCAGAGUAUUUACGGUGCUCUUGCUUCUGAUACAAACUUCGACUACAUCGGCAUUAGUCAAGAGCUCAAUCGUAUCAAGGCCUCCAUCGCCAAAUCUAAUUUCGGUGGCAAGGGGUAUGAUAGCAUGGUCGGAGCUGCCGGUGCAAUCAAGGAAUCUACUGCUUGGGUAGGCAAAAAGGAAGCCAUUAAAGAUUUGAAAACUCUUGGCGCCCGCAUCAAGUUCAGGACCAAGCUGGAAAAGCUCCAGCAAAUGCUUUCCCUCAAGGCUUCUUUUGGACAACUGGAUCUCAACCAAUCUGCUGCAGACUACUCCCAGACUGAGCGGCAACAAUUUACAUACCAGUUCAAGACUUUCAUGACCGCAAAGUCUGGACUUACAACUUACGUGCAGGCCUCCGUUGAUGAAAUGGUCAAUAUUAUGGACACAGAGGUCACAUAUCUGACAACGAUUGCGGGCAACUCUGGCGAGACCAAUGCCUUGACUGAAGCCUCCUCCAUGAUUGCGGCCUACGCAGCCUUGAGAUCUACCUACGGAUUGGACUCAGGUGGUACUAGUGUCUGCAGCCCAACCAUCUCCUGGGACUUCACGGAGGAUUCCAGCGUGGUGCUGAAGCGUGACACGGAUGAUACAACUACUGCAGCCACUCUCUGCUCAUUAAAGACUGCAACUAGCAUUACUACUUCCGCGGAAGUCACGGCGACCUUCUGGGUGUGGAAUUAUGAGUAUAGCGAUUGCACUGACGAAGAGACGGAAGUUGAGGGAUUCGGCGACAAGUCCUUGGGAUGCGUUCCCUGGUAUGGGGAUGGUGGGUGGGAGGGACUCAAGGCCAGUUUCGACGAAACUAAAUAUUCCUUUGGUAUCGGGCUUGUGAGCUACUUCACAGCACCUCAAAGUCCAUCUUCCCUUUGUUCCUCGAGUUAUAUUGUGGAUUGA